CUCGACUCGGACAUGCAGUCGCGCUGGUUCGACUUUGGCGCCGACACGGUCGUGCGGACGGACAAGUACAUCCGCCUGACGGCGGACAAGCCGUCGCGCGCGGGCUGGCUGUUCUCGCGCGUGCCCCUCACCGCCACCAACUGGGAGGUCGAGCUCGAGUUCAAGAUCCAUGGCCAGGGCAACCUCUACGGCGACGGCAUGGCCAUGUGGCUCACCAAGCAGCGCGCCCAGCCCGGCGACGUCUUCGGCUCCACCAACCGCUUCGAGGGCCUCGGCAUCUUCUUCGACACGUACAAGAACAACCGGCCCGGCGUCGUGUUCCCUUAUGUCAUGGCGAUGCUGGGCGAUGGCCAAACCGGCUACGACAAGAGCAACGAUGGCAAGCACCAGGAAUUGGCCGGCUGCUCGGCCCGCGGUCUCCGCAACUCCGCCGUCCCCACAAAGGCGCGCCUAACCUACUUUGCCGAGAAGUCGCUCAAGCUCGAGCUGCAAUACAAGGCCGAAGACGAAUGGACCGAGUGCUUCACGCUAGGCGACGUCAAGAUCCCCCCCGUCACGUACUUGGGCUUCUCGGCCGAGACGGGCGAGCUCAGCGACAACCACGACAUCAUCUCCCUCAGCACCAAGAACCUGUACUCGCCGGCGCCAGGCGGGCAGAGUAACAUCGACCGCGGCCGGCGCGCGCAGCGCCUCCAAGCCCAAAAGGCCAAGCAGGCCAAGGGCGGCUGGGGCUGGUUCGCCCUCAAGUUCGUCAUCUUCGGCCUCGUGCUUACGGGCGCUUAUGUCGGCUUUACGGCCUUCAGGGCGCAGCGGAAUCGCUCGAGGUUUUAGUUGGGCGCUGGAGGGCUGAAUGGCUAGAGAUUGGGCUACGUGAUGGCGUGUGCACUGUAUGGCGGGAUUCUACCUACUUGUUCUCAUCGUUGUUGGCGCGCUUUGAGUGCUUUAGGUGAUGAGCGAGCGCGUACAUGGAUGGCCGCGUUUUCUUGUAUGUGUGCGUGUGCAGCGUGCGGUGGUUGUCUACCUGCCAAAAAACGACAUAUUUCCUUUUUCUAG